UUGCGUGAUGAGCUAAUGGGUAUAGAUAUUUUUAGCUGGUUGGAUACCGUUGAGGUCAGUGCAGGUAUAAGAAAGGCUGAGAGACGACAAAACGGCUGUCCCGUGGCUAUCGAAUUAAGAACGAUAACAGGACUUGUAGGUUCUCUUGCAAUUCGGGAUCAUUUGACAAAAACAGGUCACUCGACUCAGUCUGUAGCUUCCAAGCCUCUCCCGAGUCAUCCGCCGCCGCCACGGCGCCGCAUCCUCUUCCCCACCCCCAUCUACAGCCGCGCCACCCGCAUCUACAGCCACACGCUGCCGCUUCGCAGCCGUGCGCGCCAACCACCGCCGUUGUCCUCCUCUCCGGCCUCCUCCUACCAGAUCGCAGGCGCCCCGGUGAGGGAGGGAGCCCGCUGCGGAGGGAGGGUCGCCGUCGGAGGCAGCGAAGGCGGCGACGUGUUUUCCCCAUCCAUUAGUACUUUAAUCUCUCUUAUUUUGGUACUGGAUGUUGCUCGGCGGGAGCAGCAUCAAGAAGUGAACAUCAUCUACCCGGUGUACCUCAACUCCAAGAAGACUGUCGUCGAGGCUGCCGCCAACGGUUGCGCCGAUCCAACCUGCAACGAGAUCUUGGACAGCUGCGCCUACCUCAAGAUCCCUUGCAAGAUUGAGCAGGAUAAGGCGUAUCCGCGAGAUUUCUUUCAGAGGGGGAGGGUGAGGGUGAGGGUGCAGCUCAAGAAUGAAGACGGAUCCCCAGUCAAUCCUGCAAUUAGAACAACUACUCAAUUAUGUGUGAUCUGAAUAACAAGGACUCUAUCGAGCGCCUCCGCAGGUACAAUUGUUCGUGUGAUUUGUCAGUACAAUAAAUCUUGUAGUAUUUGACGUGUCUUACACAUGAAGUAAAGCAUUCAGGCCCAAUGAGCACUAUUUGGUUGUUCUCUCACACAUGAUUAAAGGGAUUGUAAAUCCAAAGGCAAGAUAUGCAAGGCAGUAAAUGUCUUUUUUUAUGAAUCUUAUUCUGGAGCAAGGUAUGUUCCGAGCAGAGCAAACCUGCCCCUUUUUCAGAUGCGCCGUGUUCUUAUUCCAAUUUUGAAUUAUGCGGCCUCUUUGUAUCUUGUGUCGCUCGUUGGGAGACAUCGAUACCUACACAAAUGGGUUUCCUCUAGGGACCAACUAAGGGCAAGCUAACACUUUCCUUGCUAUCAAGCGUGUGUUACCCUGGCCUAUAAGGAUAUCUACCUUUUCAAAAUCGGUCAUCAUUUGUACUCCCUCCGUUUCAUAAUUCUUGUCGAAAUAUUACAUGUAUCUAGACACUUUUUAGAAAUAGAUACGUCCAUUUUUUAUCAAAUUUGAGACAGGAAUUAUCGAACAGAGGGAGUGAAACAAAUGACUUGUUUAUUUAAUUAUGCACGGUACACCUUUAUUUUACCUGCAACCAAGGAAUUGACAAAGCAAUGUACAGGUCAUCUAGUAGGUAUGCCAAAAGGAGGCAGGUUGGUGUUUGAAUCCCAGGUGAUCCCCAUAUGCCAAGAAAUGCCGCAAGAUCUAGAAGAAUCAUUGCUCUGCACAAGGUUGGUUGUAGGCUCUCACCUCCGGUUUUCUCACUUAAUUUAUUUCUGGCUCCUGAUGUACCCUAUAACCACAGAUUGCUCUAUGGAAUUGUGAGUAUCAUUAGAAAAUGUGUUGCUCUAUACUUGCUCCUUUUCGUUCUCAUUUUCUUGUUUCCGCUUUGUUCCGACUUGUUGGCUGUACUUGCGCUUCUCGCGUCUUAAUGAAAAUGACGCAGUGUUCGGUGUUUUCGAGAAAAAAAUGAUCAUUAUACCACCAAACUAUCAAAGUAUUAAUUAAGAGGUGGCAUACUGGUAUUUCGUGUUGUUCUGGCAUGUACAAGCACUCGCAGUACAUGAUUGUAUACGUCGCACGCCUCUUUGUUUUGCUCUUUCUAUGUGAAGGGGUUGUUUUACUUGAGCUUACAGAAAAAUUCUUCAAGUGCUAUUGAUCCUGUUCAGGACCUGUAGCUUUUUUCCUUUUUCCCACGCAUGUACAGUACUAAAUAUCCGCCAGCGAAUGAAUGGGUACUUGAUCCAGUAACCCUUGUUUAUUUUUAUGAGGCACGUGUAUUUUCAUUUUUUUUUGCUAUUGCAUCUGAAACUCUGCAUACUGUAACUUUUGGAAGAGCAUUUUUUGUACUAAUUUCGGUGAAAGAUUGCACUGUUCAGUAAUGUUCUAUCUAGAGUGCCACUCGUUCUUCAUGUACAUAAUUCUUGGUCAUUGUUUCUUAUUUCCCUAACUUGGUUUAAUCUUUAAGCUGCUCAAUUUGUUUCUUUGCCAAACCACAUGUGAACAAGUAUGUACGUUUCAAUUUAUUUUGGUUUCAGUUUGUGUACACCUAUCCCCGUAUCCCGAUACUCUUGCUAUUUUUAAGUGACAGAUGCUGCUGGUUCUUUAUUAAGAAUAGAUAAGAGUUUGAGGUGUGUAUGUUUGGAAAACUAAGACCUUGAGUGAUACAUAAAUCAUUUAUUCCUUUUUAUCCUUGCAACAUUGUUGUGCAGUGGUAACCAUAAAACUUCUGGUUUUGUAUAUACAUUUUAGUACUUCAAAUUUUUAAGUUUUAGUUCUGUUUGGAUGAUAGUCAUGGAAUAUAUGGCAGCAGAAUUUAGGGUAAUAUUCGUUAGCUUCUAUUUGUUGCCAUCUUUUUUAUUAACAAUGUCAGGUCACCUCUGAAUACCUGAUUCAGCGUACAGUAUAUGUACAAAUGCAUAUAGUUCUCUAAUGGUUCAAAGCUGUGCAGCUAUAUCAUAUUUUCAGAAUUGCAACUCUGAUUUGGUGAUUUGUUUACCAUUUAUACGAGGACACAAAACUGGGAGCAGCAAAGUGGGGGAACAGCGGUUCUUCAUUUUAGUAUGGUGUUCUAAUUGUGACUUGCUUUCUUACCUGCAGGGUGAUCUUCACAAACCAGUUAGAUCUUGAUGGCUGCUUUGGGGGCAUAGGUAUAAAUUGCAAAUUCAUCCUCUCUGCAUUCCUCUGUCUAGGCCUCGGUGUUGCUUGUAUUGCUUGUCCCAUUACUCUGCUCCCCCCUUUUCUUCUUUUUUCUAAUAUUUGUUCAACAACUUUCCCUCAUAUGAUAUUCCUUGGAAUUAAUGUUUACGGGAACGACUUCGUACUUUCUGAAGGUACAUAUACCUCAUUUUCACAUCCUCCCUAUUGAAAUGAACAAAGAACAUUUCUAUCUAGACAUAUGAAACAGAUAGUCCACCUAUGUUUCUUUGCAUCCUUGCAAUAGGCUGUGCACUCAAUAUAGCUCAUGCAAUGGAAUGUCUACAUGCUCAUGGGAUAAUACACAGAGACCUGAAUCCUGGUAUGGGUGCUUGGCAGAGUUGUAUUCUGCAGGGUGUUGUGCUGUUGCUCAUGUAAAUGGAGUGGAGAGCAACAAUGAUGUAUGCAAACCGUGAGGUAAUCAAUCAAUUGUUUCUUCUCACGUGCUUGUACCAAUUAUCUCUUCACAAAUUGCUUGGAAAUAACAUUAUCUAACAAGUGAGUGCCAUCAAGUGUUAGGAAAUUUUUGGUUCCAUGGGAUCAGGUUGUUAGCUUAACAACCAAAAGUAGAAUGGAAGUUUCUUCGUGUUCUCACAUUGUGCAUGCUGAUGCUUAUUACUUUGUGCCACUGGUACAUGUCAGGGUAUAGCUUUGGAAAUUUAAGGUGUGAGAAACUCCAAUGGCAUUUUGCUUUUAAAUUUUAAUACAAAUUCGAAUUUGGGCAAUGGUCAUAAGAGGGAAUACAGAUCUUUUCCCUUGCAACAUAACAUCUGAUAUUUCAUUGACACUUGGAAUAAUUAAAUAAAGGUGUUUCUCGGUAAUCCGAUCCUAUGGAUCGUUUGGGGAAAAAAUGAUUACCUUCAAAACAGCUUGAUAUACCAUAUUCUAUGGAUGUUUUCCGAUGCUAAGUGAUUAUUGCAUGUUUUCAGUUUUAUUCUUUGUACUCCUCAUCGGCUGUUUUAUUUAUGUUAAGGUAUAUUGCCUUCGACAGGCAUUGUUGCAGUGGGUUGAGCUUAUAGAUUCCUCACGUCCUUUGUAAAUAUUUUUUUUGUUAAGUCCAUCAACCAACGGUUCAAUUUUGGUCAUACAGGAUGGUGCAACCCUGAUGUAUUUUGCUGUCCAAACAGCAUGUGAUCAGACUAUAAAGACUCUUGCCAUACAAUGUUGACAUCAAUCGGCUAGCUGCAGUUCCAUAGGGGGGAAAAAAAACCUCUGCCCCAUAGCUGAUAUAGUUCAUAACUUUUUACCCGUGAAUUAGUUAACCCUCUUUUCCAUUCUGGACCUAUGAAUGAUCUUCAUCCUUCUUUGCCGCAUCAAAGGUCUGCUUUGUUAUUAAACCUGUCAUCUAAUAUGUUCUUUGCCUUUUAGAUUUUUGUCUGAAAAAUCAUUGAGCUGCAUGGCACAUAUAUAGCUUUUGUGGCAGAUUGUUUCCAGGGCCAUAUGCUAAUCCACAACGUUUGUGGAUCGAUACAUUCAUAUUUGCCAUCUUGCUUCUAUCAUAAAAAAUUCAGAAUGCUGCCUUAUUUUCAGACUAUGGCAAAAAAAAAGGGAGAAACUGAGAGUUUGAUCUUGUUGCCUCACUGCUGGUCAAUACUCUUGCUUCAGUAAUGCUUUGAUGUGCCAUUUUCCCAUUGAUUCAAAUGAGUUAAUUUCAUGUAUUCUACCCAACACCGUGUGUAUGUUGCCCAACACAUGUUUGUGUUAAUGCCAACGCCAAAUAGUUUUAAGCUACCAUUUGUUGAUUAUUAUGUUUAAGUGAAUAUUUACGUUUCAAUCCUCUAUCCAUCGAUGUUACCAGCAUCCCCAUCUUAGAUUUGGUUCCAAUUUAUUUUGCUUCUUUUUUUAAAAUCUCUUUUCUGUUGAUUUUCAGUUGUGGAGUAGUUGGUGCAGGAUUGGUGCUUGAAGAGGUGAGUACGUUGUGCUUGCAUCUUAUUCGUAUAGUUACUCUGAACUGUGGGAUUUAGCACCCGUGAUGCUUAAUUUUUGCUUCCCUGAGCUGAAUGAUUCAGGCUUGGGGCAUGUGGAGUCAUUUCAACCAAUGCACUGUUUUGCCGUUCUUUCCUGUUUAGCUUGUUAUUUCUAAAGGGCCACAGAUAAUAGAAUUAGCUCCAUUUAACAAUUCAAUUGUAGAAUUUGGAUUGGUAGAAUUGGACGUUGUGAAAUCUCUUCUUCAGAAGUCAGUCCGAACUUUCUAGGAAAUCAAAUAAAUUUUGUCAAGUCUGUAUAUUUAGCUUGCUUUUUAUGGAUAAUUAGUAACAAAGAGACGCGUGCGAAUAUUGAAGGUGUAGAUUCAUGUUGCCCCGAAGGCCAAUUUAGCUGAUUGGCUCUGUUCUUUUUAUCAAGGUUUAAAACUCAGGUUGGCUAUGUUCUUUUUACUUAAUAAAAGAACUUGGAGAAAAUAAAAUAUGACUAGAUGGCUGCUACUAGAUGUUGCCCUUCUUCAAAGAAAUUUUCUUUUUCUAAAAUUGUAUGGUUGGAUUUGAGUGAGGACAUCAUCCGACCAGUGGCGAGCUCUGCCACGGAACAUUCCAACUGUUGAACUGGAGUUCAACCUUCUUAAGCUAGACACCUAGGAGUAAUUUAGAAGGUUAAUAAUCUCUUAAGAAUAGUCAUUCUUCGGUUGUUCUAUUUAUUUUACCUCAUCAUUGCAAACUUUUUUGUUGAGAUCAUGUCAUGGUUUUGUAUUUCUGGAAAACGAUCCAGUUAAAAGGAGGUGCUUUGCUAUUGAAAACAUUUAAGCUGCAGAAAUGGUUAUCUUAUCUAACAAGUCAGGUGAAUCAGUGCUGCUCCACUAAGGUUAGCCUUAGAAAAUGUUCUCCCACGUCUCCAUUUUAUAAUUAGGAAUUAAUACUUAAUAACACAUCUAUUCUUUUCUGAACUAAAUGGCCAGACCUGCUUGCAUCCUCUUUACAUAAUAACACAUCUUUCUAUAGUGGCGGGUUUCGCUUUUGCAGAUUUCACUUGUUUGCUUAAUUUCAGUACAAGUAGUUGACUGAAAUUAUGUGCCUCUACGAUCUUCUGAAAUAUUUCUUACUGCAGCUUCAGUACAAGAGAAAUCAUCUAUCUUCAGUUUCCAUGAUUAUGUGAAUAUUCUUACAAGAAAUUGAUGAUAGAUUCCAUUUUAUAGUUUUGUGCACCCCUGAUUUGGAGAAUCACAAUGAGAUGUGUCAAUGUGGUUUGGUUGCCUGUGCUUCUUCUUUGUCUUCUUUGUCAUAGAUGCAGAGUUUCCCCUGGGUCUUUGUUGCUAUGAGCCUAUGACUUGGUGAAGCUGUGCCACCCGUGGCUGUACUGCAGUGGUGGUGUUCGUGGCAGUCAAGAUGGAAACCACUACACCGUGCACGGCAACUUGUGUAUCGACUCCGUUACCUACUUGGCUGACUGCUACCAGGUCCAUGUUGUUUAUGCGGAUCAUGUGUUUGUUGAAAUACCCUGCAACCUCCAAGUCAUGUCCCUUGCGUUUGGUGAUGCUUUGCUUCGGAUGCAGUUUGUACAAAUAUUUAUAGUCAUAUUUUCUGAUUCGCUAACACGGUUAGGAGAGGCUCACUCAUGUGUAGAUUACCUGCUUCCAUAAUACUUCUUUCUUGGAAGCUAAAUUUUAGCGUUCUAAGGUUCUUUUGAAUUCGUUAUUGUUACCAUUCAUAAGAUCAAAUGUAGCUAUUUUAUUUUUUCAGUAUCACAGAGCACUAUAUAUUUUCAUCUUUGCACAACUGACA